UUCCCUCCCUUUCCACCCAUCCUCAACGCCACUUCUCCUCCUCCCAAACCAAAAACACCGCCUCUCCAUCCUCCAUAUCCCUUUGCUCUCUCUCUCUCUCUCACUUAAUAACUCACCACCUAUUACUUCAAGUCUUGUGCUGCAAGGUCCACAUCUCUCCAUCGAUAGCAGGAUCCAAAACCUCCACAUUUAGACUUCUUUAAAGUUUAACUUCUCACACAGGUUCAAAGCACUAACAUCCUAGUAGUGGUAAUGGGGAACACCGAUCUCGUGUUCCCUGGGACCGUGACCGGGGUGGUGGAGUGCACACGCCGCGUCCCAGUCCCGCCGUCGCGGCCCUUCCUCCAGACCUUUCGUGCCAACCUCAAGGAGACCUUCUUCCCCGACGACCCCCUUCGGCAAUUCAAGCAUGAGAAGGGCUCCCGUAGGCUUAUCCUGGGCCUGCAGUACUUCCUUCCCAUCCUCCAAUGGGCUCCCAACUACUCCUUCAGUUUCUUCAAAUCAGACCUCGUUGCAGGGAUCACCAUCGCUAGUCUUGCGGUACCCCAAGGGAUUAGCUACGCAAAGCUCGCAAAUCUACCUCCCAUUCUAGGCUUAUAUUCCAGUUUUGUGCCGCCACUGGUGUAUGCAAUGAUGGGGAGCUCACGGGAUCUGGCCGUGGGGACGGUAGCGGUGGCGUCGCUGCUGAUAGCAUCGAUGCUGGGGAAGGAGGUCUCGGCAUCAACGAACCCGGGGUUGUACCUUCACUUGGCGUUCACGGCAACGUUCUUUGCCGGAGUCUUUCAGGCGACCUUGGGAUUAUUGAGGCUUGGUUUCAUAGUGGACUUCCUCUCACAUGCAACCAUAGUGGGCUUCAUGGGGGGUGCAGCUACAGUGGUGUGCCUCCAGCAGCUAAAGGGGAUGCUGGGCCUCGAACAUUUCACCGCAGCCACUGACCUUGUCUCUGUCAUGAAGUCAGUCUUCAGUCAAACCCACCAGUGGAGAUGGGAAAGCGUGGUUCUAGGUUGCAGCUUCCUCUUCUACCUUCUCCUCACAAGAUUCUUGAGCAAGAGACGGCCCAAGUUCUUCUGGGUUUCUGCUGCAGCCCCAUUGAUGUCAGUGAUACUGGGGAGCCUUCUGGUGUACUUUACUCAUGCUGAAAACCAUGGCGUCCAAGUGAUUGGAUACUUGAAGAGGGGCCUAAAUCCACCCUCCGCAGCUAGUCUGAACUUUUCAUCGCGAUACAUGUUGGUAGCACUGAAGACUGGCAUAGUCACCGGGAUCAUUGCACUUGCUGAAGGGAUCGCCGUUGGGAGGAGUUUUGCCAUGUUCAAGAACUACCACAUCGACGGUAACAAAGAGAUGAUUGCUUUUGGGAUGAUGAACAUUACUGGAUCACUAACAUCAUGCUACUUGACCACUGGGCCAUUUUCACGAUCGGCUGUUAACUACAAUGCCGGGUGCAAGACAGCAAUGUCGAAUGUAGUAAUGGCAGCUGCUGUGAUGGUCACUCUGCUUUUCCUAACACCAUUGUUCCACUACACCCCCUUGGUGGUCCUCUCUUCCAUCAUCAUUUCAGCAAUGCUUGGCCUUAUCGAUUAUGAGGCGGCGAUCCACCUCUGGCAGGUCGACAAGAUUGACUUCUGUGUAUGCUUAGGUGCAUACUUGGGGGUCGUCUUCGCCAGUGUUGAGAUCGGAUUGGUCAUUGCAGUUGCAAUCUCGACACUUAGGGUUUUAUUAUUCGUGGCAAGGCCGAGGACCACCGUGCUUGGUAACAUUCCAAACUCCAUGGUUUACCGACGAAUGGACCAGUAUCCGGGGGCGCAGGGUGUUCCUGGAUUGUUCAUACUCCAUAUCGAUGCUCCGAUCUACUUUGCCAAUGCUAGCUACUUAAGAGAGAGAAUCUCACGGUGGAUUGACGAGGAGGAAGACAAACUGAAGUCCAAGGGGGAGACUAGCUUGCAGUACGUAAUCUUGGAUUUGGGUGCUGUGAGCAGCAUUGACACCAGUGGCAUUAGCAUGCUGGAGGAGGUCAAGAAGAGCGUGGAUAGAAGGGGGCUUCAGCUUGUGUUAGCAAACCCUGGAAGUGAGGUACUGAAGAAGCUAGAUAAAUCAAAGGUUCUCGAAACCAUUGGCCAAGAAUGGAUUUUUCUAACUGUAGGAGACGCGGUUGCUGCAUGUAACUUCAUGCUGCACACAUGCAAGCCUGGGGCUGGCACCGAUGGCAUCGCAGUUGAUGACACCAUUGUCUAAGAGAUCAACCAGUUUAAAAGUCCAAUUUGAAACCAAAUCAGAGGAGAUGGAAACCGAGACACACUUGUUCCUUUUGAGUUGCGGCCAAAUGAGUUCGAGCUGAACCCCUUUUUGUUUAGUGGAGGGAGGGGCUUUCUUCUAAUCUCCUUGAGUGAAAAAAGAAAACAAUCUUAUGUUCAAAUAUGCUAGAGAAGUUGACAUCCUGUUACUUCCCUUUUUUGGUUGGGAAUGAAUGCAACUUUUGUGGCUCCCAUGCUUCUUACAAAGAAUCAUGUCACCAUGCACGGCCAA